AAAUUAUGAAAAUAGAAGCUCAUGACCAAGAAAUUCUUUGUGUCCAAUACUCAAAUCUAAUUACAGCUCCCAAGCUGAUGGCGUCUGGUAGUAGAGAUCGUCUUAUUCACGUCUUUAACGUGGAUCAGAGUUACAAUUUGAUGCAAACCCUCGCUGACCAUUCCAGCUCUGUUACUGCCAUCAAAUUAACGGAGAACGAAGAACAAAUAAAGCUGCUCAGUUCCAGUACAGACAAAUCUGUUCUCUUCCGAGAUGCACACAAGACUCCAGAGUGUCAGUUUGAAAUUUCUAAACAACAACAUGUCGUAGGCACCAAUACAUUGUAUGACAUAGAUAUCGAAACCACACAGAAACACAUGGCAACUGCAUGUCAAGACCGAAACAUCAGAGUAUACAGCAUUGAAACAGGGAAGCAAACGCAGUGUUACAGAGGAGCAGAGGGAGCUAAAGGGGUGCUACUAAAGCUUCAUUUAGACCCUCCGGUCAGUACGCGGUCACUAGUUGUUCGGACAAAAGUAUGUGUCUACUGGACUUCAAGUCGGGGGAAAUUCUAGCCACCAUGAUCGGCCAUUCGGAGCAGAUCAAUGGUGUCAAGUUCAUGCCGGACCUGAAGCGUCUGGUGUCGGUGUCCAGUGACGGCUGUAUCUUUCUUUGGAGACUGCCCCCCGAACUGACCGAGUCCAUGCGAGGCCUCCUGGAGGAGUUGGGAAGACUUCCGUUUGAGGCCAUCAAAGGAGAGAUCAACAGGAACCAGGGAUCAAGCUGGAGUCGGACUUACCGGAUUGCUGAUCCCGCCCCUCUCUCGCUAGAAAAAGCUCUGGAGGAAGCUGUUAGGAGCCCCGGUAAACAGAUGGAUACAGCCAAGAUCCAGGAAGAGCUAGAGCCCCAGGUACAUGAAGAGUCACCUAGUAUCCAGACAGAAGUACAGGCUCCCAGAAAGGAGGAACUACCAGACUUCAACAGCACGAUAACUGGACUACCCGGCUGGAUCCAGGCGAAGGUGAGAAAGGAAUAA